UUAGUCCCGAUAUAAAUAUGGAGGAAACUGCUGUUUUGUGGAUGCUCGCCCUCGUUAUGUUGGCGGGCUCUUAUGCUGCUGGAUAUUUACCACUUAUUAUGAAUUUGUCUGAGGACAAGUUGCAAUUAGUUUCGGUGUUGGGAGCCGGACUCUUGGUUGGCACAGCAUUGGCCGUAAUAAUUCCAGAAGGUAUUCGAGCUUUAUUUGGUUCAGUACCCACAGGGCAAACCUCUCCGCCGCACAACGAUCUACAUGCUGUUAUCGGCAUCAGUUUAGUUCUAGGAUUCAUAUUUAUGCUCCUGAUAGACCAAUGCUCAACUAAGAGAAGUGGAGGCAAAGAAAAAAGCAUGACUGCCACUCUUGGACUCGUCGUUCACGCAGCUGCUGACGGAGUUGCUCUUGGCGCUGCUGCUACUACCUCACAGGCUGAUGUUGAAGCUAUCGUUUUCCUCGCUAUUAUGCUCCACAAGGCUCCUGCAGCAUUUGGAUUGGUGUCAUUUCUGCUUCACGAAGGAGUCGACAGAAAGAGGAUAUCCAGACAUUUGCUGGUAUUUUCUCUUGCGGCGCCGUGCCUAGCCCUUAUAACAUAUUUCGGAAUUGGAAAGGAAGGAAAGGAAACCCUGAGUAACGUGAACGCAACUGGAAUCGCAAUGCUUUUUAGUGCCGGCACUUUUCUCUACGUAGCUACGGUCCACGUAUUGCCGGAACUUAUGGCACGUGGCAGUACCGCGUAUUCACAUUUACCGACCGUCGAGAACGCUCCGGUAGUUACGUCGGGUCUCAAGUUCAAAGAGAUCGUGGCUUUGGUGAUAGGAGCAAUUGUACCAGCUGUGCUCACAACGGGUCAUCAUCACUGACCUCCCUUUUCUUUCUUCUGACUUUUUUCUUAAUUUUGUCGUCUCCUGACUGUGGCACAAAAGUUAAAACCUUCGCAAAGAGAAGUCUCGUUCACGAGGCAAUUUCUUUGCCACGCAACGUCUUAAACGGUAUUGGAGUUUGGGUUGUUGAAACUCAAGAAAAUGAAUGUUUUUUUUUCAUCGGUUCGUUGCAAAUUUGAGCUGAAAAAAUGGCUCAAGCAUUUGUUUUUUAAGUUUUAAAGUAAUUUCCAACAUUACCGAAAGUAAAAAUCGAUUAAAUCAUUGGAAUUUUCAACAAUAAGAAUAUCCGUUGCAACGAUGGAAGCUCGCCAGCCCCAUCUCAUUAGUCUCAUUCCAUUUGUCACGAGAAAACACUCUUCGAAUAACGCACGCGCCAAAAAAUUUGAAAUUUCAUAAAGAACGAUGAAAACUGAACAAUAAAAAAUGUCAGACUAGUUUGUGAAAACUGUUUUUUUUUCUCCAUAAUUAUUCGCUGUACUUGUACCUGAAAGGUUUUUUAUAACAUAUAUUAUUGAUCGUCUGAUGAAAAAUUGAUCGCGUUGAUGCGAUCGAUGAAUGAGCGAAUGAAUAAGAAAAAAAGCGUGCAGAUGAGAUGGACUUAGGAUAUAACUCUUCUAAUAUAGAAUCUAUUUUAUUACAAUUCAAAAACCUUGUGUUACGUGAAGUUACAACACUGAUAUAGCUCCACACAAAGUUGCAUUAUCCGAUUAGCACAUAUAUGUUUGUACAUAUAAUCGCACAGGGUAUCCCACGACCGAUGGCCAUCAGUGAAUCUAAAUUUCAAACCGUAUUUCAAGUCGAUAAAUCCUGAUAAAUGUUGAAUUACAAUUAUGGCGACGCGAGUGUUAUUUUAUAACGAAUACCACAGAAAAGGCUGCAUGUAGAGUUGAAGAGAUGGAAUCAAUCUUGUAGAACAUCAAAUUUCCCAUAAAAAAGUUCUGUAUGACGAUCUUCUAUCUUCGGUAGUGUUAUCUGUAGAGUGGAUCGAAGGAACGUUUUAAAAUGUUCUUUUCUAACCAGUUCUCAGGGCCAACUUAUUGGAGGUAUAAUAACAUAAUUAUUAUUUAAAUAAUAUUCUAUAUGCUGAAUAUAUAUUCAGCAUAUAGAAUAUAUAUUCAACAAAGACCUCUUUGUAGCAUAUUUACACUUUACCAGAUUGUUUCUGUGGACUUUGCUUUAAUGCAGCUAUCGUAAUUCCGUUUACAAUAUAACUUCCCUUUUAACAUCGAUCGUGGGACAGACAUCCUGAAUAUAUAUAUUUCAAUAUUUGCAUAUUAUUUAGAGUAAUUAUUGAUGAAUAUAUAUUCAGAAACAUAUAUACAUAUAUAUAAAUGUACAAAUUUAUUAUUUAUUAUAAAACAUUUUCGGAUAAUGAGUUAUAUUUGUUCAGACAAAAACAACGAAUCGGUACAAUAUUAAGUAAAAGAGAAUUUUUGGUUCUGGAGACUCCAUUUGGAUUGGUUUCUGUCAACCGAUCGUAUUGAUGCAUUUAUAACUAUUUUGUAUGAGAGACGUUGCUCGGUUGACGUACAUCUCUGAUUCAGAGACGAACAUCUCUUCACAUUGUGAAUGAUUUUUUGUUUUUUUUCCUUCAUUUCGUAUAUGAACUCGUGCUUAAUGUGCAUAAAACGAGUGAUUGGUUUUUGGUAAUAUUUAUCUCACAAAUAAGACAGGUUAUCAGUUUUAUUUCGGAUACCGUGCCAAUUUGUUCAGUUCUGUACAUUUAUGUGCUAGAUACCUCGAUUAAAACUUUGGCAAUCCUUAGAUUUAUUGUAUAACUUUGUUCGAAUUUCAUAGAAAUAUCAUGUGGUCAAAAAAUCGUUUAUUGAUUACUAAAUUUUCGAAUAUCAUAUGUACGCUACACACACAGUAUCGUCCCAUAUAUAUAUAUAUAUAUAUAGCAUAUCGCAAUUGUUGAACCAUUUCGUUUGUUAUGUAUUAUGUACAUUCUGUUUAUUGUGUACUUAUAGCAAUAAUUCAAUAAAUCCUGCAAUAGAAUUUUUUUUAAA